AACAAUAAUACACAAUAAUAAAACUGCACACUACACGAGACUACACUAUAUGCACAACACUACACAACAUACAGCCUGUAGAGACAAUAUUACACACGGCACAACAAAUAAAGCCGGGUAAAGACCCACAGUAACACCCAAACGUCGGUAUAACAGCACUCAGCACUACACAAUACAAUAUACAAAAUGCAUGUCUUGUGUAUUUUCAGUUUCUUGUGUGAUAUGCUCAUCAAAACCCUGUUUUUCAGCCUUAUCACAACACAACAACAGACUUGAGGAGUGACGUCACACGUGUCUCGAACCGAGAGGGAAUCAGACUCGAUGUUGUUUAUGAAUCGGUGCGACAGAGUUGUGCAUGCACUGCCGUUAUAUAUUAAACAGAUCAUUGUACUAUUCAUUAAUCUUAACAUUAUUAUUAUUAUUAUUCAUGUAAUAAUUCGGUGCUAACGUCUCAGUAUCUACCGGCAGCUAACCACCGCGCGACAACAGACUAGGUCGGCGGUUCAUUUGUAUGCGUCGCGCGGCUCUGCGACAGCUGCUGCAGCGGCGUCGCCUCGCGCUCUUUUAUCAUAAUCCCAGCUACGUCUUUUGUUCCGCACCGUAACGGUAACCAGGGGCUGCACACACGGUCCGAGGGCGCCCUCUGCUUGUCAGGCGUUGGCACCAAGUAAAUCACAGGGAGUUGCUUGUUUUAGUGGUCAUGCCCUUGAAUAGGCCUUAAAAUAUAAGACUCCCAAAACAAAUUACCUCUGGGAUUGUAUGUUUAGUUUAAUUGCAUUCAAAUUGAUUUGUGAUUAUUUUUCAUCGUUGAAAAGUCAGAAUUGGGUCUUCAUACCUAUUUUUAUGAUUACCAGCUCAUUAUAUUGAUAUUGUAUGAUAUAAUGUAGUCCUAUGUUGUUCAACCUGAUCUCUUCGCGUGGAUGAAUAUAAAUCUGUCUAAAAUCGAAUAAAGAAAAUCGAAUCUGAUGCCACCGAUUUUUUUUAAAAUUGGCCAAACGUAAACAGACCCAAUACUGGUGUUUCUAGACAAUAUUAGAAUAUCCUAACUCCUUUCUUAUGCUCAGAUCCCCAAGUUAUUUAUUUCAUUCUCCUCAAUCCUCAUCCACAAUCUGCAAUCUGACACUCGGAGCAUAACUUUUAAAAACAAAACUAACGGAUUUAUCUCAAACUCAUUUUCAAAUAACAGCCCUUUAUUUAAAUCCCGGUGACAACGCGCUCCGAUGGCGCCCCUACCGGCCACGUCAGCAAUAGCAGAAAAUACAAGACAAGUCAGAAAAGUUGGUCACUUUUUGUUUGGAAAUCAUCAUGUCCUGAUGUAGCCUAACAAUAAUAAUAUUAAUAAUAAUGUAGGCCUUAUAUUAGUCAGUCCAAUGGCCGACGUUAUAAUGUUAUUAUUUACUAACCUUAGAUGAUUUAGUGUAGGUCGACAUCUGCUCUGUACUGAGUAGCCUACAUUAAAUAUAACAUACAUGUAUAGUUCUUUGAAAUGUAAAAAUAAAUGAAUAAAGAUUAACCGCCUGUGUUUGAUACAGAUCAUUGUAACAUCCACCAUAGGGAAAAAAAAACGUAUUUCUUGGGCUUCAAAGCUGUCAACUGUUGGCAAUUCUACAACUACUGGAUAAUAAAAUCACUAAUAUUACUAAACUACUUUUAUCUCAUCACUAUUGUUUCUAUGAUGCUGGUCUAUUAAAAGGCUGUGAUUCAUCAGAGGGAGAAUUCAGAACUUUAUUGGUUAAUGUUGGCACACUGAAUGCAUUCCACAGCAGCGACGCCACAGCGGCGGCUCGAGGCGCGUCUGAGCGCUGGUCACCGGAUGGUUCGCAUUCUCUCGGGGUGCUGAACGUUACCGAAUGUCACCGGAAGCCGACCAUGACACGACCUGAAAGAGGAGAGGCGCUGAAUAUAACACGUUAAGGUCUAAAAUUAGUUAGGUUCGGUGCCCUACACGCAUGACGCGCACGACGGCUCAACUUGACCGCGUCCCUUCCCCGCAGUGGGUGGUGGGACUCACGGCCAUGGAAACGUCCACUACAACUCUCAUGUUGUCUCUCUUGACGACACGCGGUAUUUUUAGCCGUGGCGGUCACCGUCCCCCUCUCAACAGCCGCCACACUUCAAUAUAAAGCAGCCGGGCACCAUGCGGCAGUACAGCAGCGGUCUGACGCAUUACCCGCGCGCAUCCAGCAAAGUCUUCAUAACUUUACGACGCGGAUCGGAGCUGUUGAACGAGACGACUAGUUCAGAGAAUAAGGGAACCGACACACAGCACGGGACCCCUCCAUCUUCGACGACCUGUAACGGUAAAACCGGGGAUAAACUAUACAGAGCGCAGUCGCCACCUUCCGUAAGAGACAUGCCCGCGUUCUCCUACUACGAGGCUGUGCCGCUACAUCCGGUCCGCUUCACCACCACGGCGGAAGUCAUCGUCCGGCGCUCCGGUGUGGGUGAGAGGUCGGUACCGAUCCACAUCACCACAGAGAACAGGAGGAAGAGCCAGUCUCCGGUACCUGGGUCUCCGGACUGGGAGGCAUCACACCUCACCGAGCCUGACACAAACAGGAUGCUCUCGAGUCUCUUUGAACAUCUGAGCAACGGAACCGAACUCUUCCCCUCGGAGUCGGACGGUCCAUCCGGACUUGGAAAUGGUCUUUUCAGUAGCUCUGACGGGACGAACGGAAUCGAUACCGGUAGGGGCCGAGAGGAGCGGGACAGAGAAACGGCGCGAAAUCCAAAGGAAUCAAGAAUCAUUGUACCGCCACUGGACGUGGGACCCAUCACAGGUGACUGUUUGGUGAUAUCAUCCACAACCCCAGAGGAGAACGGGGAGGAGCCCAUCCUUCUGAGGGAGUCCAGCAGAGACUCGGAGGACCGGGGAAUCCAGUCCCCGGUCCAUGAAGCCCCCCUCCCCCUGGGUCUGCGGGACCAGGUGAGCCGGUACCUGGCGGAAGUGGAGGAGCAGAACGCCUACCUCCGCGAGAGGAACAAGUUUCGCUUUCAGGUCAUCCCAGACGGGAACUGUCUGUAUCGUGCGGUGUGUCGCGCGACCUCCAGCGACCAGUCGGGACACUUGGAGCUGCGCGAGCGCACCAUCCACCACAUCGCAGACCACCUCGAGCAGUUUAGUCACGUGAUUGAGGGUGACGUAGGCGAGUUCCUCAUCAGCGCGUCGCAGGACGGCGCCUGGGCCGGAUAUCCGGAGCUGCUGGCCAUGAGCCAGAUGCUGCAAGUGCACGUUCACCUGACCACGGGGGGUGGCGCGCGCAGUCCCACAGUCUCCACAAUGGUGCACUACCUGGGCGGUGACGAGCACGAGAGCGAGUGCACGCCCCCGCGACCAGACGACAUCUGGCUCAGCUGGCUCAGCAACGGACACUAUGACGUCAUACUGGACCAGAGUGACGUCCCAAACCCGGAAUAUGAGGACUGGUGCAUGCAAGCGCAGGCGCAGAGGAGGCGGGACGAGGAGUUGGCGCGCGCCAUGGCCGCCUCUCUCUCCCGAAUGUACCUGGAGCAGAAUGGAAAGUGACGCAAUAGACUGAAGUUGAACCUAUGAUGCACUGCAACUUGCACUUUCUGUUUCUAACUUGUUUUUAUGGGAUUUAAAUUAUUUUUCUAAUAAGUUUUUGUACUACUAGAACGAAGUGCAGUGCACCUGGUGUUCCCUCUGUCGCUCAGGCGUGCAGAUGUUUUUAUAAAGUUAGUUUUUGUGACGAUUAAGAUUAUUUUUUUGUGUUUGUUAUUUCGUAUCUUGACUUUAUUUUCAUGUAUUCCUACAUAAAGUCUGAUUUUCGCUUGUG